GAGGUCGGGCCCAAGCAGGAUUGCUGGUCGCGCUCGCCGGUGGCUGUCCCCAUUCAGCCUGUCAGCACAAGCCCAGAUUUGGUCUCUGGUCUCUGCCGUACCCGGCCGGAUCCUGCCCCUAGCGCUCAGUUUCCCAGGCCCCGGCCGUCCUCGCCCUCCCUGCAUCGAAGUCAUUUGAAAUUUGAUCUCCUCGCUCCUCAGUCUUGGAAUAACUAAUUUGUUCUUCCCCUGGAGGAGUCCCCUAGACGUUUGCAGGCCGCUUCCUCCCGCAUAUGCACUCAGUGUCCGGGAAGUGUGCAAAAUUUUUCACAAGUGGCUGUUUAUUGUAAGCAGACAUCAGAACUAAUGCUGCAUGCCCGCUGCUGCCUGAAUCAGAAGGGCGCCAUCUUGGGACUAGAUCUCCAGAACUGUUCUCUGAAGAAUCCUGGUCCAAACUUUCCUCAAGCACGUACUGCUGUUAUCAUAGACUUGCAAGCAAAUCCCCUCAAGGAUAACUUGACCAAUACCUUCCAUGGCUUUACCCAGCUGCAGACUCUGGUACUGCCUCAAGAUGUCAUCUGUCCUGGAGGUAUUAAUGCCUGGGUACACAUUACCUCCUAUGUAGACAGCCAAGUCUGCCAAGGGCAAAAGGAUCUUUGCAAUAGCACUGGGAAUCCAGAAAUGUGUCCUGAAAAUGGAUCUUGUGCUCCUGCUGGUCCUGGUCUUUUGCAGUGUGUUUGUGAAGAUGGCUUCCAUGGAUACAAGUGUAUGCGGCAGGGCUCUUUCUCACUUCUUAUGUUCUUCGGGAUUCUGGGAUCCACUACAUUAUCCAUCUCCAUUCUGCUUUGGGGAACCCAGCGCCGAAAAGCCAAGACUUCAUGAACCACAUAGGACGUCCUAUUACCCGAAAUCAACCUGAAACUCCAUAGGGCAGCCACUGAGAAUUGCUUCCUUGACAGGCUUCACUGGCCAGGCGGAGGAAUCCUUCUCAAGGCUGGGGCCGCCCACGGAAGGGUUCUGUACUUUAUUGCACCCUAGUAGAGUGUUUUGGACCCUGGGUCAGGACUGGACUAGUACUAGGUCCCAUUGUGUUACUGACUACAAUAAACUUUUUUCUUCUUUUUC